UGCUCCAACCCUGCUGCUGUGCUGGGGCUGCCCCAGACUCGGUUUGCUGGAACUUCAGGCUGGAUGCCUCUCUCCUGUUGCUCCAAUGCCGACUCUCAGCCCGGCCGCUCUGGCAGAUGAAGAUCUAGGCGCUGCUUCAGGUUCUCAGCAGCAGGGGUUAUCAUGAUCAGACCCUUUAACCAGGAUCAUUAGCAGUUCUGAGGAUGGACAAUGACAAGAGUAAUGUGACUGAGAGGAUACAAAAUCUUACCUUGGAGAUCCUCUACCUGCUAACUGGAGAGGAUUACAUACCUCUAAAGAAGGCUGAGAAGGAGCUUGUCACAGUGACUUCACCUCAUUCAUUGAUACAUGAGCAGAAGAUCCUCAAACUAACCAACAAUAUUGUGGAGCUGCUGACUGGAGAGGUUCCUAUAAGGUGUCAGGAUGUCACUGUCUAUUUUUCUAUGGAGGAAUGGGAGUAUUUAGAAGGACAGAAGGAUCUCUACAAAGACAUUAUAGAGAUUCGCCAGACCCUCAUUUCAUUGGGUGAGUCUAGUAAGAGGGAUACACCAGAGAGAUGUCCUAGUCCAAUUUAUGAUGAAGAUGCCAUAAAGGAAAAUAAGAACACCUCACAAGUUUACAAGGAGGGUGAUCUGAAUAUUGUGUUGAUGGAUAUUGAUCCAGAGAAUGAAAAUGAAUUAUUAGAUGUGAAGGUUAAGGAAGAAGAAAUACCUAUUGGUAUCAACCUGGGCAGAGACGACAGUGGGGGCAGCAUGAAGGAUUGUACAAUUCCACCCGGUGGAAUGGAAGAUGGAGAUGUCGCACAAGAUUCUUCAAACACCAGUAAAGCAAAUAUAGGUUCACCAUCAACUAAUGAAUCUUCUGAUUCAUCCAAACAUAGAGAACAUGUUCCUGAGAUUGCUACAUUUAAAGUUGGCUACAGAAGUGACAACAUGUAUGCCUGUUCUGAAUGUGGCAAAGGUUUUUCCAAAAAAGAUAAAAUCAUCAUUCACAUGAGAGUCCACACCGGGGAGAAGCCAUAUACCUGUCCCGAGUGUGGAAAACCCUUUACACAAAAAGCUAACCUGAUGGCCCAUCAAAAGACACACACAGGCGAAAGGCCGUUUUCCUGCACUGAGUGCGGCAAAGACUUUACCUGUAAAUCAACACUUGUUAAACACUGGAGAAUACACACGGGCGAGAAGCCCUUCUCAUGUUCUGACUGUGGAAAAUGCUUUUUCUACAAAUCCCAUCUUUUAGAACACCAAAGAAUUCACACAGGUGAAAAACCUUUCACCUGCUCCAAGUGUGGCAAGUCUUUUAGACACAAGUCCCAUGUCAUUGGCCACCAGCGGGUCCACACUGGUGAGAAGCCCUUCACUUGCUCAAAGUGUGGUAAAUGUUUUACACAGGAAUCAAGUCUGGUCUAUCAUCAGAGGAUCCACACAGGAGAGAAACCAUUUAGCUGCCCUGAAUGUGGAAAGUGUUUCACCUAGAAGUCUACUCUCGUGAAACAUCUGGUAAUCCAUUCUGGACAAAAGCCAUAUUCCUGCUUGCACUGUGACAAGAGCUUUACCCAGAGGUCCAUACUCAAUGAACAUCAGAAAAAUCACACAGGAGAGCGGCCUUUUGUGUGCUCCAUGUGUGGAAGGGCAUUUACUCGCAAGUCUAAUAUGUUAAAACAUCAGAUCACGCACACAGGGGAGAAACCUUACAAGUGUGCAGAGUGCGGAAAUAGCUUUACACAGAAGGCAAGUCUUGUCAAACACCAGAAACUUCAUUCUGCGCAGGACUGAAAAGAAGGAACUUAGACAUCUUUUGUUGUUUUUUUUUUAAAGAUGUUAAAAGAUACUAUUGCCUGUAUUUUCUUAAUUUUACUAAGACAUAUUGACAGAAAAUAUUUAUUUGCCUUAAAGGGGUUUUCUGGGAUUUCUAACAGAGAUGCUUAUUUAGUAGUUUUCGUCAUGCUUUUUUUUUUUAUUUGGACUCUCCAGACCCAUUCUCACCAUGUAAAUAAAUCACUCUGGUUUUUUACAUCCUGUAUAUAGCACUUUCUGAUGCUGUAUUCAACCAUACCCAAAAUGCACUUCCACAGCUCCAGCACCGCCACUAACAACACCCAGCUAGUUUAUAGCUCCUCCCCCCAGCUAGUUUAUAGCUCCUCCCACCAGCUAGUUACAUAGUCACUCCCCUGGGUUUGGCUCGGGCAGGUUUAAAUGCCCUAAAUUUACACUUAUAUUUUCAUUGAUAAGUAUGCAAAUGUGGCCUCAGGAAUAGACUAACACUACAUUGUAGAAAAUUCCAAAUGCAUCCUCUACGGUAGUCUGUUACUGCAUAGAAGAACAUAAUAAAUGUAGUCUCUGCAGUGGUGUAGGAUCACAGUGGAGACCAGGCGAGAUGUUGCUUCAACAGUAGUAUAAAACCCCAUCCUGAACUGUGCCAAAUAUUGCCCUAAUGCUUAUUGGAGAGGAGAGAACACUGGGUUGAACUGCAAGUCAGGGGAGUUCAAGGGGCUGCUCACCUGGUUUUGUUGUGCUGAGCGCCCAAUGGCUAAUAUUGCAUAAAGUGAAGGUUGUCACCGCUGCUGCUCAUCAUCCCUUAGUUCCAUGGAAAAUCUGGUCUACACAAGAAGAUGCUGAAGAAAAAGAAAGGGAUCGCCAGCGGUGCUGCGGACAGAAGGUACCGAGGAGCUGGAUGAAGAAAACUCUUUAUUUGUGACAAACUGUUUCGGGAUCGAACCAAUCCCUUCAUCAGGUAAGCACACUAUCAAGAAAGACAGACUUCAGCCUUAUUGACACGUCAAUGAAUCACAGACAUGUGCUGUCGCUAUUCUCCACAGACAACACACAGAUCCAUUGAAUUCAAUGGAUAUAUCCAGACGACCAUUUUUGAUGUGGACCAUUGAUUCACAGCAAAAUAAUUCACAUUAUUUUGAUACAUUUACCAUACUAAAACAUUUCCACCUAUAAGCACCUGAAAACCACAGAGAACAUGUGGAUGCCAUCCAUGGUCAGUCCCACUGUUGCUAAGAGACACUCUGGAAAUCUCCUUUUCGGCCCAGCAGUGCAUGUGAGGACAAAAACGGACGCAUAGAAUAAAAAAGGACACUGUCACAGAUGAACAUUGCACCUUCAUUUCAUGAACGGAAAAUUACAUGGAUAUGUGAAUAAGGCCUUUCUGUUAAACAGUUUUGAUACAUGAGGCCUAUUAACUACAAGACUGAGAUGUCCCACCAUGCAUGCAGAAUUGUCCAUGGAAGUACAAUGUAUUUGUCUUUAUUAAAAAGGGUCGUGCAAAAUAUAUCUGCCAAAUUGUCCCAUACAUGGUCAGCUUAUGCUGGAUGUGGUCCCACAGCAACCUUCAGCACUGUGUUGUUUUUGGCACCAGUGCCCGCCGAAACAUGCUAAUCGUCAGGAAUGCUGGGUCAUGGACCCCCACUGAUCUGAUAUUGAUGACCUGUCCAGAGGAUAAUUAAUCAAUUUAUAGAAAAUGAAAAAACUCCUUUUAAUAACAACAUUUCAAAAAAACCUACCGUUAUGGCAAUAUCGUGUUUUUAUGGUGUCCUAUUUUUGAACAUUGAUGUUUUAAUAAAAACAAACAUGUUUAAA